UCCCUAACCUCAAAUAUGUACAAUACGUAAAUAAACAAAUGGAAGUCUUCCGGAAUUAAAGAUAUUCGUUAUGUUAUGUAUGAUACAUGAUACUUACAUUACUUGUACUUAUUGCUGCACAGUUGAAUUUACGCGAAAACAUUCUUCUAGCUGCAGGGACUGAAAAGUUAUGGAGAAUUGUAAAUAUUGUGAAAAGCCACUUGAAGAUUGUGAAGAUGAAGGACUUCAAUGCACUACUUGCUUGAAGUAUGUUCAUGUCCGUUGUUUGAAGAGAGGAGCAGUACCUGGUGGCAUGAAUGGUGACCUCUUCUUCACUUACACAUGCCAAGAAUGUUCAGAAUCAAACACAGAAGUAUUCGUUAGAGACAAAUUGUCAUGGCUGCAAGUGAUAGUACUUGUUUUAUAUCACUUGAAUACCAAAAGUCCAGGCUUGGCUAAGAAAGGUUUUUUUCAUUGGAAAUUUCAAAUUGCAGCUUUCAUUGAAAAAAAUUGGGAGGCACUCUUCACAAAAUAUGUUAAAAAAAAGAAAUCAUGGACUGGCACGGUUGCUGGUACCAUUUCACACUUCAGCAAAUACUUUUUCCUUUCGGGUACCUCUGUUAUCAAACAGCAGGCCUGGUGGACUCUGAGGUACCCUAAAUUAUCCCCGCAUAUGAUAUCAAAAAUAUAUAAUUCAUUGAUGGCCCAGAAGAUAAAAUUCAAAGCCGAUAAACAAGCUGUCUCAGAUAUAGAGAUUUUCAAUCAAAUACUUGAGGAAAAUGUUAAAAACCCAGAAAUGUUGCAACCUUUUAUGGUUAAUGAAAUGGAUAUUCAAGAGGAUACAGCUGAAAUAAGUGGUGAUCUAGGGGAUAUAUUGAGUCCCUCCCAGAUAGAAAAAACUAUGAAGGAAAAGGAAAAUAAGGAAACUAAUAAAAGAAAAUCUUUAUUACCCUCUAUAGAUAAUAAAAAAUUUUUGAAACUGAGCAAUUCACCAGAGAGCUUAUCUGAUGAUUUCACCAGAUGUUCUGUUGAAGCUCAGGACAAAAAACAGUUGGAAGAUAUACUGAAGCAUAAGAAACCAGAGGAGAAAAAAGAAAAUUUCAAAUUAUUGGAUCCUUUUUGUCACUAUAAUACUUCACUGAGCAAUAUUUCUCGCAUGAAAGGUAUAAGCCUAAAAAUCAAGCUUCUUGGUGGAGUAAGGAAAGAGAUGAUUUUAUCUCCAUACAGUGGUAUAUACCUUAAACCAUAUAUAAGAAGGGAUACUGAGACUUUUCCUUCUUGGUUACAAAUGAUGGCGGAACUGCAACUCACAGCAAAUAAAAAAGAUUCGACUUAUACUUUACCUUCAAGGGGCCCUCUGGACUUUGUUUAUGUGCAGCCAGAGCACAUACCUGCGAUCAAUUGCUUAUGUAAUCAAUUUUUCUGGCCAGGGAUUGAUUUGACUGAUACUUUACAGUAUCCAGAUUUCAGCUGUGUUGUAGUAUAUAGACGCUUAAUUGUGGGAUUUGCAUUUCUUGUUCCAAACGUGAGUCACACAGAGAACUACAUUUCAUUUAUCUUCACAAGACCAGGCUGGAGAAAUGUGGGAAUUGCUACAUUUAUGUUAUAUCAUCUUAUACAGACAAGCCAAGGAAAAGACAUUCUCCUUCAUGUAUCUAUAAAUAACCCCGCUUUUUUUCUGUACCAGAAGUUUGGUUUCAAAGUAGAAAAAAUCGUUUUAGAUUUUUAUGAUAAAUACAUUAGAGAUGAUGUGAAAGAGUCGAAGCAUGCAUUUUUAUGCAGAUACGAACGGUGACAGUUGUGAAAGAAUGUAAUGAAAAUAAAAAAGCUCAAAACUG